GUUAAACUUCAUUUCUGACAAAACUUGAGUAACAAUCACUACUCUAAGUGUUGUGUAUUUAUUUUCAUGAUCCAUCGCCUCUUUUUUGUUUACGGUGUUUCAUCUGAGUGGAUUAUCAAGUGAUUUCAAUUUCGGAUUAACUCAUGUACCCAUUUCAUUGGAUUAAUAUUUUUUAAUAGUGUUUGUGCUGGAAAAUGGCUGCUGGUGGUUCGGGUGAGACCCAUUCACUUGCUAAAUUUCAACAUGAUUUUGUCAUGAGAUGGAAUCACUUAUCUGGAAACACUGCUCUUCAUGAGGCCGCUUGGAAAGGAUAUAGUCAAACGAUUGAGAUAUUAGCUAAACACAAAGUCAAUUUGAACAUCAAAAACAAGAAUGGUAACACAGCCCUGCACUUAUCAUGCCAACAAGGUCACAAUCAGAGUUGCCGAAAUCUACUCAUCUAUGGAGCCAAGCCCGAUAUUAAAAAUAAUUAUGGUGACACUCCACUUCAUACCGCUGCAAGGUAUGGACACGCUGGUGUGGUUCGCAUUUUGAUCAGCGCUUUUUGCAAUGUCAAUGAAGUUAAUAAGAAUGGAGAUACAGCAUUGCAUAUAUCAUCAGCCAUGGGAAGAAGGAAAUUAACCAGGAUACUUUUGGAGACUGGAUGUAACCCUGCAAUUAAGAAUAAGCAAGGAGAGACGGCGAUGGACAUCGCAUUGAGAAAAAAUUUCAAAGAAGUUCAAGAAAUAAUUGCUGCGAUUCCGGUUAAAGAUCCGCCACAAUCUAAACGUCAUAAGCAAAAAAAUGGAUCAUUACAAAGCCAAGGGAGUCACCAAAGUCGAGAGGAGAGACACAAAACAAAAACAUCUUCGAAAGAUCAACACAAAAUACCUUAUCAUAGUCCUUAUGGAUGUCCAAUGCUACCCGAUUCGAAAGAUUUUCCUCAACCUCGAAUAAGUUCAUUGCCUGCUGAACCUCUUCGUAAAGGGGAACAAUAUUAUAUCGAUUUAGCGGGAAAUAUACGCAAAGGUCCAGUCGGCAAAGUCUACAAUUGUUAUUGCGUCCCUUUGAUCGAAAAAGUGGAAAAGAAGUUAGAAAAGGAAAAGAAAGAAUUGAAAGAAGAGAUCGAAAAUUGUCGAACUGAUCUAAACGAUAAAAUAUCUAGUCUUGAAAGGAAAACCAAUUUUCAAAUGGUUUCGAUAAACGAAACAGUCAAGUCCCGAUUGUCCACUGAAAGGAUUCAGUGUGUUGAACGGAAUCAACGAACAAAUUUGAAACAAAAGUUGGAUUAUGAACGAAGUCAAUUGCAUCAAGUUGAACAAUUUAAAAAUCAAAUGAAAUGUUUGUUGGAGAGCCGAUUAAAUCAACCGAAACCUAUUCCUCGUAAAUAUCAACCUAAUCCUAAUCGUCAUGUAAACAAAAGUUAUCCCGAUGGAUUGAUGACAAUUCAGAGUAAUCAAAAUGGUCACCAAGGAUCAAGUAAUGGUACAAUCAAUAAUAAUGCUGUCAAUUAUCAAUCGAUAAUAGUGGAUGAUAACAAUUACUUAUACGAUAGACCGAAAAGUUGUUUAGGUUACAAUAAAGAUUGUAUUUCGACCCUAACGACUUAUUAUAUCGGUGAAAAUGGUGUUACUUUGGAUAAACAAAUUCGUUCAAAGUCAGAGACUCAUCUUGCAAUAGCCCAAGGCGAAACCAUUGGAACAAAUGACAACAAUCAACCAGGAACCAGCACAAGGAACCACAAUGGCGUUUGUAUCGGAACUACUCAGGCCGAAGUUUAUUACGAUGCAACUCACUCAUGUUCAGAAGACAGUGAGGAAGAAGAACAAGUGGAAAUGAGUCAGAAUAAUACGAGUGAUGGAAACACGAAUAAUAGUUCUAAUAACGGAGAUUCUGUGAACAUAAAAAAGAAUUGUAAUCAAAAUUCAAAUUCUAAUGGAGUUGAAAGUGGUGAUAAUUGUCCAAGUGUUAAAAACAUAUAUGAUUUACCCUCGAAAAAUGAAUCAAAAAUGUCAACUAUUGAAGGAGAAAUGAACCAACCAAUUGAAUUGAACACCGAUUGUACCAAUAUGCCAAUUAAAUGUAAACCAACUCAACAAUUAGCUGCAUCACAAUCAACGUCAUCUCACUGUCCACCUGAAGAAAUAGCUGUCGAUCAUUCAGGAGAUUUAAUGAAAUCCCUGCGAUGUAAUGUUGUCCCUCGGGGCAACAACGAUUAUCGAAAUUCACCUUUCAGUGAUUCUGGUUUUAGAUCAAAAUAUUCACCUUCACCUCGAGAGGGAACAUUAAAUGACACUGGACCGAUUUAUCCCGAAUCGAAACUUGCACGAGAGCCUUUCAUCUCGAAAAUAGACCCACCGAUCAAUCUACAACCUCCGUCGAUCAGCCAAUUGAGCGAUCGACCUCCGUUCAGACGGGAACCAAUAACAACGAGGUUAAACAUGGCAACACCGACUUCUAGUUUAGUUUAAUUUCGUCAACUACAAUCAAUCAACUCAAUCUAAGUCAAAAGCGGGAUAACUUUUCCCAUGUUUUAUUCUUAAAAGAAAACUAAAUUAACGUAAAAUUUUCUAAUUGUGUUCUGUAAAUGUUUGUAAAUUCAUUUCUAUCGAUUCCAUUUUGUUAUAUUGUUGGAAUAAAAUUUAUUCAUUCAGUCUGAUCAUCGAAAUCGACUGUUUGUUCAAUUAUCGUAA